AUGACUAUGGAUAGGGGCUUCAGUGGUCAAAGCCCGAUCGAAAGCGGCGCGGAGGCCCUAUCGAUCACACUCCCAUCCAGCCUGCCUUGCUUGCAGAAAACGAAAGUCAGGGAUACCGCGGACAGCUGCGCCAUGUGCCAAGACAUUCUACACGAAAAUCGCUAUCCAAGGCUAGGCGUUCCAGGGAUAAUCCAAGUCGCGCAAAUGCUGCGGAUCAGAACUCUUCUCCGUACGCUGGUCGAACGGAGAUCCACUCGAGCUUCCCCGUGGAAUAUGCGGCUUCGCAGUCUCCUGGCCACCACGAUGGUCGAGAGGAGGAGUAGCCAAGAUGCGUGGCUCCACCAACGAAAAUUCAUCGAUCCACACGCAAAAGAUCUGGUAGAUCUUUUCUUCGCGAAGGUAAACAUAUGCCUCCCCAUUCUCGAUGAGGAAUCUUUCAGAUAUACAUACUUGAAUCAUCAACGGAAAAUCUCCCUAGCACCGCUCUCCACCAUAUAUGCGAGCGCCUUGGUAUACUGGCAUGACUCGCCCAAACUUCGCAACAUACGCUACCCGGAUGUUAACUUCAUUUGGGCGCAGUCGUGCGAAGCGGUCCAUUCGGAAAUGUUUCUGCCUCCUGGAAUGUCCACAGUGAUGGCCCUUAUGCUUGAUGUUUGCGGCAGACCAAGCACCACGAUGUUAGCCGAUGGGGGAUUGAUUGGCUUGGCAGUUGCGCUUUCCAACGCGCUGGGCUUACAUCGGGAUCCGUCCGGUUGGAAUAUAUCCACCUCAGAGAAGAAACUUCGGAUUAGGAUGUGGCGGAUGAUUGUUGUACAUGAUCGUUGGUGUAGUUUGGCAUAUGGCACCCCGAUGCAGAUCCAUCGCGCGCAGCAUGAUGUUCCGAUCCCAAACGCAGAGGACCUCUGCCCCCCUGGCGCGUCACCAUCCAGCAUAGCUGCGACUUCAGUUUUUAUUUCUCUCAUCACGCUCACUGAUGUAUUAGGUCGCUACUUAGAGUACAUUUACCACGUUGCAAAGAGCUCUCCUGAUCCGUUCGAAAUAUCCGCCACUAACCCUAAGCUUCUACUUGGAAAAUGGGAGCAGACUUUGAGCGACGAUAUUCGUAAAGCAGUCAUGCGUGGAACGCACCUUGAUGCCCCCGGCGCUGCAAAUCUGCGCCUAUCAUAUUUAGCCGUGAAACUUCUCCUGUGGCGGAUUCGGCUGGACCGAGAUCGGGGUCCAUUACCAGUGGAGGAGACUUUUGAUUGCCCGUUUUACCUGCGGGCUCAGAGAGCGGCUGAGGAUAUUGUCCACUUUGUGCAGGAGCUGGAUGAGUCUCAUUGCCGUGGAUUCUGGAUCCCGGCAAAUGGGUUUACGUUGACCUCUGCAAUGUCAUUUUUAUUGAGGAGUGCUUUGAGAUCCAGAAACUCGAGUGCGCAUAACAAUAACACACCACUAAAGCUUGCAAGGGAUAUGAUUGAUGCCCUACAACACCCCAGGCGGGAUUUCUCGUAG